AUGGAUGACGUAACCGGUCGGGAGUGGACGCGGAAAUCUUUCGCCGCUGCGCUUCUAGAAGAGUCACGACAACUGCCAAAUUCGCUAUCACCACCACCACUUUCCCGUACCGACUGCGUUCGUAAACACGCUCACAGACCCAAAGAUGCGCUCACUACGUCCAUCAGCAGCGCGCAGAAUCCGCGCAUCGCUUACUCCGGAAACAACGACACGGACAUUCCGCGCACGACAGAGCCCAAGACCAUGUCUCCUUUGCGCACACCGCAUACCGACCCAGGCGAUAUCGCGCAGAUUGCAGUCGACGUCUUCGUCGUCCCGCAAACACACUAUUCCUUCUUCCCGAAUGCCCUUCCAGCCGGACCACCGCCAGACGGCCCCUUUGCUAUCGAUCUCUCUGCGCUCAAGAAAGAGUUUCUCCAACUCCAAGCCCGUGCCCACCCCGACCUCCAUCCCCAGGCAGACAAGAAACGCGCCGAAGCCCUCUCAGCACGCAUCAACGAGGCCUACAAAACACUCCAGAACCCGCUUCUGCGCGCGCAAUACCUGCUGUCUCUGCGCGGAAUAGAAGUAGCAGAAGACGAAACGGCCAAAGUGGAUGACCCAGAGUUAUUGAUGGAGGUGCUCGAGGCGAGAGAGAACAUAGAAGAGGCAGAGAGCGAAGAGGACUUAGUGGAGAUGAGGGAGAGGAACGAGGAGAGAAUAGCGGAGAGCACGGAGAUAAUCGACCAGGCGUUUAAGAGGGAUGACCUAGAAGCUGCCAAGAGUGAAGCGGUCAAGUUGAGAUAUUGGGUCAACAUCAAAGAGAGUAUUGAGAACUGGGAAAAGGGGGUGCCGGUUGUGCUGCAGCAUUAG